CGGGCUUCCGGAAUGUGUGACGUAUUUCAAAAUGGACCGGAGGUUUUUUUUAUCACAUGAAAUACAAUGACACGAGCAAAGUAGUUGGCCUCGUAUGCAGAUGUAUGUAUGUACUUGUAUGUAGAUGUAUUAUUACAUAUUUUUAUCCAGGUCCUUUCAAUGCAAGUGGUUAAGCUUGCUGGAGCUGGUUGAUGGCCAACUAGUAUCUCAAGGCUGCAAACCAGAUUAUCUGUCAUCAGAUAUUCGCACAUCAAUAUUUCGUUUUAUGCCAAAGAACGAGUCACUUUUAAACAAUGGCAAGCGUACACGAGAGUUUAUAUUUCAACCCCAUGAUGACAAAUGGUGUAGUUCACGCCAAUGUGUUCGGUAUUAAAGACUGGGUGACGCCGUACAAAAUCUCCGUCCUUUCCUUGCUGUACGAGAUGACUACUUCCAAGAUCGCUCUGCAAGAAAAAAGACGGCUCAACAAACUGAUUUUGCCCUUACAACAGGGUCCAGACCUGCAACUUGGACAGUUCCUUAAAACUGUAGAGGAUUGUUGCCCUCAAACUGCAUUCGCUGUAAAAAUCAGGUUGAAUGAGAUGGCUGAUGGAGAACUUAAAGACAUGGAGUUCUUCUUCACAACCCUACCUAAUCCGACAUUUGACUCUGAGGCAUAUAAAACAAGUGUUGUCGGUCUGUUUAUUAGACACAUGCUCCUAGCCUACAACAAGCUAUCCUUUAGCCAGGUGUACAAACUAUACAAGUCCCUGCAGCACUACUAUCACGUUUACGACGCCAAGCCAGUCGAUGGGCAGAUGGGGGUUCCGACGUUUGUCGCCGAUGACUCGGAUAUGGACCUCACCAGUACUGAAGUAACCAUUGGGGACAAGAUGGAGAGGGAGUUGGACUCCCCUCUGCUUAUAUCAGAGCUUCGAAAUGAAGAUCCAGUCAGCAGAGGUCCCCUCUCACAGAAACAAGCGGAAUACUUUCUUGCCAAACAGGCAUACCUCCUGAAGAACGAUGACAACAAAGCCCUGAGGCCUGCCAAGCUCCAGGAGGAGCUCAACAACAUGCUAAAGUUCAACCCCGACUUCGCUGAGGCGCACUACCUGAACUACCUGAACAGCAUGCGGGUCCAGGACAUUUACAUCUCCACCCACAGCCUGCUGCACUACUUCGACCGCCUCAUCCUGUCCGGCAGCGAGGGCAAGAGCAACGGGGACGAGGGCUACGGGCGCAGUCUUCGCUACGCCGCGCUCAAUCUGGCCAGCCUCCACUGCCGCUUCGGCCACUAUCAACUGGCUGACCUCGCUCUGCAAGAGGCUAUCCGCAUCGCUCAGGAGUCCAACGACCACGUGUGUCUUCAGCAUUGCCUGAGCUGGCUCUACACGCUGGAGCAGAUGAAGGGGUCCGACAGCUCGGUGCUGACAGAGGACUCGGUGAAGAUGGCCGCCCACUUCUGCCUGCCGUACUUGGCCUCUCUGGGCAUCCAGUCGCUGGUCCAGCAGGGGGCGGUCCAGGGCAAGUCAGCCCACGAGCUGAUGGACGCGCUGAAGGACACGGACAUCCUGCACUGGAAGCACAGUCUUUCGGAGCUCAUCGAGAUCAGCCUGGCGCAGACCAUCUCCAUAUGGAGGAUGUACGGCAAGAGCACCAUGGCCCAGCAGCAGGCCCAGCUGCUUCUCAACAUGAGCAGUCUGGAGCCCGUCAACUUCGGCGUCACGCAGAACAACACGGAGGCCUUCGCCGUGGCUCUCUGCCACCUGGCUGAGCUGCACGCUGAGCAGGGCCUCUAUGGGGGCACCACAGAGAUCUUCAAGCACCUCAAGGAGCAGUUUCCUCCACACACGCAACACGCCAAACUCUGGAUGCUGUGUGACCUGAAGAUCCAGUUUGAGAAGCACAUGAACGACGGGAAGUACCACCUGGCCCAGCCUCUGGUCCCCGCCAUCAGGGCCCAGAACAAGACAGAGGGUCUCUACAGGAAGGCCCAGGUGUUGAAGUCGCUCAGCCGCACCACGGAGGCGUACCGCAUCCUGCAGAAGCUCCAGGUGCACUGUGAGAAGACCAGGUGCACCGAGACCAUCAUCAGGGUCCUGCUCUCCACGGCGGAGCUCCACUGGGAGUCCUCAGACUUCUCCACAGGGCUUCCCCUGCUGCUGCAGGCCCUGACCCUGUCCCGCAAGCACCACCUCCAGGCCUUGGCUUCCAGGACCCUCCUCCACCUGGCCUUCACCCAGCUGAUGUUGGGGGUCCCUGAGCAGGCGCUCAGCGUCCUCCACGAGGCCUUGGAGCCCAUCCUGGCCCACGGCGGCAUCAUGGACAAAGGGCGCGCGCUGAUGCUGGCAGCCCGCUGUCAGAUGGCCCUGGUCGCCACGCGGCCCAACGGACGAGAGCAAGCAGCCGUGGCCAUCCACACGCUGGACGAGGCCGCCUCCUACUUCUCCACCCUCAACUGUAAGGAGCGUCUGCGGGAUGUCCGCUACCUGCAGGCGCGUCUCCACAGCUCGCUGGGGCAGACCGCCCAGCGCAACCGCUGCGCCAUGCUCUUCCACCUCCUGGACCGCGAGCUGCAGACCCCCCGGGCGCCCACCGACAUGAGGCUCUGACCCCCGGCUGCGAAGACCGCACCCUUUGCAUCCGUGGACUAAAAGAUAGAAUGUAUCUGCCGAGCCCGUGGAUCGUUUGUUUGCGAGGGUUGAAUGUUUUUUUUGUGACUAAAACGUAUACAUCGAUUCAAUACACGGCUUAUGAAUUUA